CACACCGGGACAACUGCGGAGAGCGCCGGCCGACUGGGAGUCACUGCAUGGGACCAUCUGUGAGCGGCACGCUGUCCAGCCCCAGAAAACGACCACCAUGCUGGCCGAGCCGCCCCAGGGGAAUCACUCCUAUCCGGAGGCCAACGAAAGCUGCCGCUUUGACGAGGAGUUCAAGUACAUCCUCCUGCCCGUCUCCUACAGCCUGGUGUUCAUCAUUGGGCUGGCGCUCAACUCGGUGGCCCUGUGGAUGUUCCUGUUCCGGAUGCGGCCGUGGAGCGCCAGCGCCGUCUACAUGUUCCACCUGGCACUGUCCGACACGCUUUACGUGCUUUCCCUGCCCACGCUCAUCUACUAUUAUGCCAACCGCAGUCACUGGCCCUUUGGGGUGGGCCUCUGCAAAGCUGUGCGUUUCCUGUUCUACGUAAACCUCUAUUGCAGCAUCCUGUUCCUCACCUGUAUCAGCGUCCACCGCUACCUGGGCAUAUGCCACCCCAUCCGCAGCCGUGCCGUGCUGAAGCCACGCCACGCCCACUUGACAUGCGGCCUGGUGUGGACGGUCGUAACCAUCUGCCUCGUGCCCAACCUCAUCUUUGUCACCACCAGUGUCCGGGACAACGACACUCUGUGCCACGACACGACUCUGCCAGAGGACUUUGAGCAGUACGUGAACUACUGCUCGGCCGUCAUGGUCCUGCUCUUUGGCAUCCCCUUUCUGGUCAUCAUGGUAUGCUACUGCCUGAUGGCGUGGGCACUCUGCCAGCCCAGGCGCGGCCUGUCCUCCAACCAGAAGGGGGCAGCCUCACACAUGAAAUCCAUUAAACUGAUCGUGGUGGUACUGGUGGUGUUCGCCAUAUGCUUUGUGCCCUUCCACAUUACGCGGACGCUUUACUACACGUACCGGGUGCUGAACGCGCAGUGUGCCAUGCUUAACAUCGUCAACUUCGCCUACAAGAUCACCCGGCCACUAGCGAGCAUCAACAGCUGCAUUGACCCCAUCCUGUACUUCCUGGCUGGAGAUCAUUACCGCUCCAAGCUACUGCAGGCCAUCAACUGGCGGAGGCAGGCAACCAAGCGUUCCACCAACGGUACCCUGCCCCAGCCAGCCAUUAACAAUAACAUCGCCCUCAGCCAAACAAACCCAUACUUCAGAGCUGCAGAGGACCACUGAGCAGUAGAGCUGGUUGACGCAUGCGGCACCAUGACGCUGGGAAGAUCUCAGAUCUCUCAAUCCACAUAUUUCCAACAUUCCCUGAUCUGGGGGGGGGGGUUAAAUGCCUGACAAUGCCAUGUGCUCAUGGUGCUCCUUUGCCAAGUGAGUCAGGAAAAGGCAGAAUCCACGAAUGAGGCACCAAGGAAGCCAACCCUCCCAGGAGGCCCUCCCUGGACCAUGCUGAAUCAUAGAAUGUGUUCUGAGUGUUUCUGAGGAGCAGUGUGUCACCCAUGAUGAGGAAUCAAACGUCUCACCUCCAUGUGUGAGAGGAACAUGUCCUAGGCUCUGCAGAAAUGUGAUCUAUUUUUCUAACGUUCUUCUGGCGGUGAAGGCGUUAAGCUGAAUUUCUUGGCCUAAUGCAGACCGACAAAACAGACUCUGCAGCUUGGAGACACAGCCUGUUUAUCCCGUGCUGAGGAGGAGGCUGUUUACAGGAUGCUCUGUGAUUUUCAUUUAUGAUAUGGUGUAGGAGUCAGUGAAGAACGCAGUGUAGGAAACGUGAUAGACGCAGUAUAGGACAAGUGAUGGACAAACUGUAGGAUGUGGUAAUGGACACAGUGUAGGACAUAGUGCGGGGGCGGGGCCUGCUUUAUUUUUCCAGUUCCAUUGAGGCUUAUUUCAUGCUCACGUCCAGCUGUUUCCUGUGCAGGAGUCACACAGCUGUUUCUAUCUAGAAAUGUGGGAUGUCUGGGGGGACCCUGAAAGGAUUAUAUUUCGGAGACAGAGCCGACCAAGUAGGAGAUGACUGAUAUAAAACUUAGCACAACUGCUUUGAAACAGAGGGAGACUCUUCUGCAUUGGCCGUGUCAGAUCAUAUGAUACAUGAUCACAUGAUCAGUGCCAAGUAACAGUAGCUGUGUUGGGCUGGAUGCAGAGAGAUGGCACAGUGGUGGGCGGAACACUGGUGGGGGGUGGUCAGACAAGAUCUCCACUCUCCCACAUCCCAUAUUAUUACUCUCUAUGGAAGUGUAUAUUAGCUUCUAUGGAAGUUCAUGUAAAGAACCAGGACCCUAAACUGGCAGCCUUCAGAGCUGACGUCCACUCUAGCCACCAUACUCGGUGGCUGAUGAUGGUUCUGACAUUCUCAUCCCUUCUCUGUCCAGGAAAUUGACCCAACAUCCUCAAUGCUGUCCCAUUGUGCCCAAAUUAGUUCUGUGAUAAGACCAACAUUCAAAGGUAGGACCUCUCAGGACAAAACAGGGAAGUCAGGGGGUGUGAUCUCCAUCGUCAUGGCGACUGAUAUGACUCAUGGGGGGGGGGGGGGACACAGAACCAAGAGCCAGCUUUGUGAGGAGCCCCACCACCAUACUCCAGCCUGUAUGACUUGCAGGCAAAAAUGCAGAUCCCUUCCUGUUGGGAAUAUGGAGAUUGUCACUGCAGUGAGACUGUUCCAGAUGGAAACCUGAACCACUGAGCAUCAGUAUCAGUCGGCUCUCCAUUCCCAGCCCCACCUCACCUUGGCACUUACCGUUUAUUGUUCUUCACUUUUGUUGUCAUUGACAACAGAGAUUGUAACAUAGAUAUUUAUCUACAAGUGCCUUGUUGCUAUCGGCAACUAUAUUGGAAAGGGCGCUAUAUAAAAACGACUAUGUAUAGUAAUUAAUGACUGCUACUGGGAGCUUAAUAUAGCCUAAGAAUCUGCAUUAAUCUUAGAAAUAAGACCCGUGUACAGUGAAGCAGCUUCAAGGAUACCUGUGAAAAGACAUUCAUUGCAAAAUACAAAAGUGCACUGUCUGCGCACUGUCUGCGCACUCUUGUGGUCAAUUGGGGGAAAUACAGCCUCCAGGUGCCGAUUCGGAACCAUCCCCUUCAGCUUGGAAACAUUUCCGAAGUUCAUUCUCGCUUUCCCUGUACAUUUAUGCGUGUAUUAAAGGAUUAUAUUUUUUAA